AUGGACGAGGCGCAAGCGGCACUUCUGCUGAUCAUGGCUGCUCCACGAGGCAGCGUUGAUGCAGCGAACGCAAGGGGAGAUGACGGUUGCCAUGGCUACUUGCCCGAGAGCUUCUCUCCGCAGUCGCCUCUAAACACCCCGCCGCAUGCCCGCCCGCCGUCCAUACACACCGACACAGAGAGCGAGAGCAGAACGUCUGCAACGGCGAAACAAGGCGCACAUGCGAUGCCUCCAACACCCUUGGGGUCCUUAGCGGCCACUGAAGGCGCAGCUUUUGAGGCUGCAAUGCCAGAAAGUGGACGCAUGUCAGACGCUGCCGACGGAGGGGUCCCCCCUCUAACUUUAUCGACAGCGAUUCUUUGGCCUGAGGAGGGCGCUGUGGAUACGAGCCUCUGUCUUCUGGACUUGCAAGGUGAAGCUCUCCUGGCCGUUCAAGAAUCUCCUGCAGCCGCUGCAAAGCUCUUGUCCCUUCAAUAUUCCCCCGAAACAGCAGCUAAGCAGCAGCAGCAGCAGCAGCAGCAGCAGCAGCAGCAGCAGGAUUCGAGAUGCGAACUUUGGGGCCUCGUGCUGUGGCCGUCUGCUGCUGCUGCUGCCGAUGGCAGCAGCGGCUCUUGCGUUCUGCAGGUAGGAGGAGACUGCAUACAGGGGAAAGCUGCUCCCUUUAGAUCCGCGACUGGAUCUGGAGCUCUCGCGGUGCUAAGGAGGGUUCGUCGGCGCCUGCAGCUGGACUUGGCAGGCUGCGAAUACACCGCAUCCGAUGCUGCCGACGGGGGUGCAGAAGAGACAGCCGCGUGGGAGCUUCACGGGGCAGUCGAGACAACUGUCUCCUUCUGCGAUCCCCCCACCCUCAAUCCCUAUAGGGAAGCCUUUGCCGCACAGGCUGCUGGCUUGCCCUCGCAGCAGCAGCCGCACGGCUCGUCAGCAGCUGCGGCUGCCGCUACGGCAGCCGAUGGGGCGCAGAGUGACGCCGUGUGGCUUGUCGCCCCCUCUCCCCAGCUGCCGCACAUGCAGGGAGCCUGGCAGCUGCUUCAGCUCGACAACUUGCUGCGGGAGGAGCUGCAGCGACACGCGAAACGGCCUGGAAAGCAGCGGCUGCUGCUGCUGAAGGGUCGACCUGCUGCCUUGCCGCCUCCGGCUACAUCUGCACAGAUGUGGGUAGAAGGCGAGGCGUUGCUCUGCAGCAGCACCAGCAGUUUCCUCGUCUCUCGCAACACAGUCGACGGGGAGAUCCUUAUUGGCUGCAGAGCCUCAGACAGAGCAGGAGCUUCGGAGGGAGCUGCAGGCAUGAGCGUUGAUCAUGAGGGGUGUUUCGACAACGACACUAUCACCCCCGACAGCAGCAGCAGCAGCAAGCGCCGGAACGGCGUGACAGUUGUGGGAGUUUGCCGCUCAGUACUGCAGUUAGAGCGCGUGCGAGGACGCGUAUACCAGGUGCACCAGUUGCUGCAGCUGCCACUGCAGCACCUGCUGUCCGUACACCCGGAGGCAGUGCCAAGAGCAGCAGCUGCCGUAGCAAGCCGCACAGUCCUCCCGUCUGCAGUGCUGCUGCAGCAGGUUCAAGCCUCGCCAGCGGAGACAGCAGCAGUGCUGCUAGGCGAUCCUCGGCUGUCUUGCGUGCAGCCUUUUGCGCGAGCAGCAGCAGCAGCAGCAAGCCCACCAAGUGUAUCGCCACUUCAGAGCGACCAGCAGAAGCAGACGGAGCAGCAGCGUGUCGGGGGAUUGCUGCAGCAUCUGCCACCCUUGUGGGGAUCUCUGCCUCCGUCUUCUUCUUGCGCACUUCUUUACGAUCCGCGUGUUAGGGGGUAUUUCUCAGCAUCUGGCAGCGAACUGCGCAGCUGGAUUCUCCGCAUCAUGGACUGCCUUGCCUUGAGCAGCGGCAGCCUCGGCAGCAGCAGCGGAGGUUUCACAGUUGGUUCGGCUGUUGAUGCCCUUGCUGCCUGCUUACGCAAGCACGACUUGAGCAUUCCGGGCCUGUGGAUUGACACCGGAGCGUCUUCAGAAGUUUCGGAAGAUGCUGAUGCAAGCUCUCUCGAGAGUGGCGACAUCCCCCUCACGCCAGGCUUGUUGCUGCAGCUGCUCCGCUACUUCUGUGACUUGCAGUUUCCCCACCUCUCGAGCAGUGCCUUUCCCACGUGCUUCGGAGACUCUUGCCCGCUGCUGGUGCUGCAGAAUGCAGGAGAAAGUGCAGGAGCGUCACAUGCGGGAGAGGAUCUCGUGGAGAUGCUGAGGCGCCUCGAAGAGGUCCUCGACGAUCCGCAAGCUGCGCGACAGGCGACUGCAGCAGUCAAUCUUCUCAAGCUGCAUGCGCUGCUGGCGGAGGAGGUAGCCGAGACUUUGGGCGUGCAGGUGCCGCUGCAGUACGGCGUCUUCUUCGCCGCGUCUGCACCUGUCAGUGUCGUAGACGCGAAGGCAUUCUGCGUGGAGCUUGGAAAGCGCUGGCAGCAGCAAGUACCCCUCCGGAUCAUGCAGUGGGGAACUUCCCAUCUAGCCAGCCACGUUGCAGCGUUGCAGUCUGUAGCUCGCGCUAUUGUUGCCGCUGAGGGCGAAGAGCAGCAGCAGCAGCAGCAGCAGCAAGCGGUAGAUGCUCUUCUGCUUGCAGUUGCUAGCCACGUUCCCCUGGUGGCCCUUUGGCUUCACCUGCAGCAGCUGCAGCAGACACCGGCUGCUGCCCUCUCGGCAGAUGCUCUGCUGCACUGCUGCACCUAUGGAUAUCCAGAUAUGCGCACUGACUUCGCACAGAGUGCGCUGCUGCAGCAAGCGCGGCCUAAGUGUCUUCUGUACCCCAACCGAUCCUUGGAGGAAGAAGCUGCUGGGGAAGAGGCAGCCGCAGCCUUUGCUCGCAUUAUGGGCGCCGCCGCAGUAGCAGCCACAGUCCCCACACGCGACAGUCGGAACCCCACUGCGCUCGAGUCUCUCCUUCCGAAUGCGGAAGAAAGGAAGGCUUUUAUGCGAGGCAUGCUGCUGUCUCCCCUUCGCGGAUCCUUUGUCGCCGUGGAGGGCCAGCUUCUGCGACUGCCAACCGCAUCGCUGCCACUGACCCUCCGGGAACGUCUCGUUGCGCUGUUUUCUACAAAAACAGUUUGGCGUGAAGAGGAGCUGCAGCCGCUGCUAACAGCCUGCCGGUUCAGCUAUGUUCAGAAACAGGAUUUGGCUGUGGAAUUGGGGGGACCCCCUGCUGGCUACUGUUUCGUGUAUCAGACGGAACUGUCUCCCAAAUCGAAGGAGCAAGUUACUGCCUAUAGGGCGCGAAACGUUCCAUUGCCCUACUGGGAUCUUGACGAAGAUCCGAACUAG